GUGACAAGGCCCGACUGCCUCCCUGCAGCCCCUCCAGUAGUAUCCGCCGCACGUCCUCCCUGGAUACGCUGGCAGCUCCGUACCUAGCUGGGCACUGGCCUCGGGACAGCCAUGCGCAAGCUGUGCCUUGCAUGAGGGACAAAGCUACACAAACAGAGAGUGCAUGGGCUGAAGAAUAUGCCGAGAAGAAGAAAGGGUCUCACAAGCGUUCUGCAUCCUGGGGCAGCACAGAUCAACUUAAGGAGGUCAGGAAAAUUAUUGAGAUUGAAGAAGAAACAGAUAAAGCAGAUGGAAAUAAAAAGAGAAUACAUGAUAGGAGCUUUGAGAGUACUAUGAGGAAAAAGGGAAAGGCUCCUGUUCCAAAGAGUGCGCUUAUUCCAGUAAUUCCCAUCACCAAAUCAACAGGUUCCCGGUUCCGGAAUAGUGUGGAAGGAUUGAAUCAGGAGAUUGAAAUAAUAAUUAAAGAGACUGGGGAAAAGGAAGAGCAGCUUAUCCCACAGGAUAUUCCGGAUGGCCACCGUGCGCCUCCCCCACUUGCCCAGAGAAGCAGCAGCACCCGCAGCAUUGACACACAGACACCUGGAGGUGCAGACAGAGGAAGCAACAACAGUAGCCGUUCCCAGUCUGUGUCCCCCACAUCCUUCCUCACUAUCUCCAAUGAGGGCAGCGAGGAAAGCCCCUGUUCAGCCGAUGACCUGCUGGUUGAUCCCAGGGAUAAAGAGAAUGGAAACAACUCUCCUUUGCCCAAGUAUGCAACAUCCCCCAAACCUAACAACAGUUACAUGUUCAAACGGGAGCCUCCAGAGGGCUGUGAAAGGGUCAAAGUCUUUGAGGAGUGCUCGCCAAAACAACUUCAUGAAAUCCCAGCCUUUUACUGUCCUGACAAAAACAAAGUGAAUUUCAUUCCUAAAAGCGGCUCUGCUUUCUGCCUCGUCAGCAUUCUCAAGCCACUCCUUCCCACACCAGAUCUUACCCUCAAGGGCUCUGGCCACAGCCUGACAGUCACCACAGGUAUGACAACCACCCUGAUUCAGCCCAUUGCCAUGGCCUCCCUGUCUACAAACACAGAGCAGGACCGAGUCUCCAGAGGAACCAGCACAGUCCUGCCAUCAGCCUCCCUGCUGCCACCGCCAGAACCAAUUGAAGAAGCGGAAGGAUAGGCCCAUGUGCUGUGGCGCUGUGGUUCUGGGAAACUGAGGACUCCUCGGGUGAUUCGACUGUGACAGUACCAUGCACUCCCGGCUGGCUGUGGCACACCACUGCUCUCCAGAGACGUGUCAGGAAGGCUUCAGAAGCAGUAUCUCCUCUGACUGAGGUUACACUCAUGAAGGCCAGCGUGCUUAGCCUGCUUUUUUCCUAAAGCAGAAAGGUCUCAUUCUUUACUUUGGGAAGGACAGUGUCAUGUUUUUUGUUUUCAAAUUAGACUUGUAUAAAACAAACAAAAUACAGAAUAUGAUCCCUACAAACACGAUUCCCAAAAGGAGGUGUAAAUGGUGCUGCAAGAACCAUCUUUUGUAUGAAAAGGACUAUUUUAUGAUACCAGUGUCACAUUUUCUGAAACGCAGCAAACAGGAUGUUCAAAGAUUCUUUGGUGGCCUCUUGUUUCUUGCUUUUCUUCCUAGGUGUGUGCUUUUCUCAGCUGUUCCAGCUUUGGGACCAAAGGGAUUGUUGACAUUUUCCCAGCAGUGUUAAUCUGAUGACUAUAUUCUCCCAAAUAAGAAUCGAUAGAUAAAUGCAUUGAACAAGUAUAUAUAAAAAAGAGAAAAAGCAAUAUUCGUACAUUAUGUGACUUACGUUCUUUGAUGUCAAAAGUUUGUGCUUUGGGUGAAAUAUUUGUAAAACUGCUGUUUUCUUCACUUCACCUGUACACAUUUCACCGUGUGGUCAGAAAAGUUAUAGCCUGAAAACAAGUGCUUUAAUGUUCUCACCCAUAUUGAGACUUGAUUUAAAAGUCAGCGAGCCAAAAGGAAGCUAUCUAGUGUUGAUUGCUAGCUAGGAAAAUAAGGAGCCCUUUGGUUUUCUGUGAAAUGUAUAUCACGUGAUUGCCCACCUCCACUACAGGUGCCACUCUACCUUAUCAUCACUGUAUCAUAGCCCCAGGAGACCCUCAAAUGGCUGUGCAUGGAUUUCCUCCUUUGCUUUUGUGAUGUUACUGUCUUGUGGAUUUGGUCAGGGUUAGUAGUUUGCCAGGAGUGUAAUCCACUGAAUAACAAUCCUAGCCACAGAAUCUUGAGACUGACUUUUUCUUUGUGGUGAUUGGCACUGAGAUUUGUUGUCUACAGAUUUUGCUAGUUUCCUCUUCAACAUUUCCACACAGUGGAGAAAACAGACAAGAGCAGCUUUGGAGCAUAAACAAUAGUCACCUUUGAAAAAUCCACACUGUUUUGGAUUUCAGCUUAUCCUAACACAAACUACUGCCAAUAUUAUUAUCACAUAGUAACAGUAUUUUAUUUUCUGGGUAUGUGGUAGUAGAAUUAAGGAGUAGCUAGCUCUUAGAAAUGAAUUUCAGCAAGCAGUAUUGAUUUUGAAAAAGCACCCUUCUAAUAUCUUCAUAUACUACCUUAAAAUGCAGUAAUUUACAUUCUAUAGGCAUAAAAAGGUUUUAAGUCCUUAUGAAGGAGAUAUCAUUGAAAAGGUUAUUAAGUCAGCUUGUCCAGAAAUGUUCUAUCAAGAAAAACCUAGUGCAGUGGUGGCGAACCCUAUGGCAUGUGUACUGCAGGGAGCUGUUCGUUAUCAUUGAAAAUUCUAAAAGGUUUGCCAUCACCGAGGGGUAGCAAUAAAUCUGCAAGGAUUUACAUUCAUGCACCUUUAAAACAUCUGAGCAAUUUAAAACAUGCCUUUGAUAGGCAUUAAAAUGAUGUAUUUAGGUAGGUCAAAUGAAUUCAGCCAUAUGAAUGAAUCUGUCAAGUUUUAGUUGGUAGGACUGAAGAAUUUUGUUACUUUUUCCAUCCAAAACUUAAUUUAGGGCCUCUGUGAGCAGUGAAUGCUCAGUUAUUUGGGGGUCUAAAUGUUCUGAUGGGUUGGUUUUUGAGUAUGUUGUUUGCUUGCCUUCUUGGUUAUACUGUUUCACUUUACCAUUUCACUGGUAAGAAGCCAAACUAUUAACAAGUACAGAGGAAAAGGUAAAAUUGAGAUCAGUUGAGUUGAUAUGAAUACAGCAGUAGGUAAUUAAUUAAAAACAAGGUUUUGCUGUUUGUUUGUUUUACUUGAGGUCUUUCCUUUGCCUCAUACUUAACUUUCCUCUUCUAUUUCCAUUCCCACUAGUCAUAAUGAUAUUUUACAGCUAGAAUGUUACUUUUUGGCAAUUUUUCUUUUAUUCUUUUGUACUCAUUUGCAAAUUCAUGCCUUUACUCUGUAGUUUCAUAUAUCCUUAAAGUAAUGUAAAAUCAGAAUGGAAGAAAAGUUUCAGAUUUAUUAUUUAAAAAUCUUAAUUUUAAAUAGAACUUCUAGUUUAAAAUUUGGUUAUACACAGAAUGUGAAUUUUUAGGUAAAUGAGUUGUGCCAAAGCCAAACACAUCCCUUCAGUUUGGGAGAAAUAGAGUCUGAGAUUUGGGGGAGGCAGGAAAUGAUCCAAGAUACAAAACACCUUAAACUGCCAGUGCCAACAGGCUAACUUUUAAGCAUAUGAGUUAUAUCACAGUCUUAAAAAGUAGGUUCAUCCAAGUUGUUUUAUUUAACUGUUAGUUCACAGAUGGUUGAUUUUUUUUUUUUAAUGGCACUUACUCUCAGAAUGCAUACUGUAUUCUAAUUAUGCUCCAAAAUGAUCGUGUCAUUCUAUAGAAAACUACAGAAAGUAGACAUAGAAUAGCUUCGGUGACAUUUUAAUUUGAAUUUUUUCAAAUUAAAAUACUUCUAUUGAAAAAAAGAAGCAUGGGUGGUAUGUAUCUUUCAGCAUAGUUAUUAUUCUGUGGUUACUUUGUCAGUCUUACCAAUUUUUUACCCUUAGAAUAAUUUCUUCCUUGUGAUGAUAAAACUUAAAACAUUAACCAUUUCUGAUUAUGACAAAGUAUUAUUUCCAUGGCUUUUAUGAGCUAUUCUGUUUUUAAAAUUCUAGUUUUGUCUCUUUGGUUAAAUAUGGGGAGAAUGGAAGCCAAAAAUACCUUUAAACUAGAUUCUUUGUUUUGUUUAAAAUGUCUCUUAUACUUAUGACCACAGACCAAAUCAGACUUUUAGAAGUUGCUACUGCUAACUGCAUAAUAUCUGGUAACAUGAAAGGCCUGUUUGCUUUCAACUGUUCAAAAAAGCAUUAGCUUUCACUGGAAGGUGUUAAAGAAUGGCAGAAUUUGUAGCUGCCUCUAUAUCCAAAAUUAGGACUAGGUUGUAAGGAUUUUAAGGAAAAUAAACAUUGUUACUACUAAAUUUACUUUUCUUUUUAUUUAUUUUUAUGAGUAUUGUUUGCAGUAAAUGAUUACCUUCAUCAUGGGAAGUUAGCACAUGUACAUAACACAUCUUGAUUUUUUUAUUUCCCAUACCUUUCCUCUACUGCCCUCCUAAAUGUACUAUUCUAGAAUUUCAGAUUCAUUCCUUAAUGCUUGGAUUUUUGGUGUCUCAGAACUGGACCACAGGAAGCGCUGAGUUUGCAAAAUUAAGUUAAGAAUACUUAACUCCGCACUUUAAAGUUUACGUUUCAUUCUGCUUAAAUUAAUGAUAAGCAGAGUAGUCCUGAACAAUAUUUUGUUGAUACAGUCCUGUUGAAUAUAAUUUAUAUUUUUUAAACUCUGCAUUUUUCAUCUCUGUUGAAGCUGCAUAAAUCUUUUUAAAAUGCAAUUUUAAAAAUUCUGUUUUCUAACAAGAUUCUCCAAAAAACAGCAUUUCCAAUGGUAAUAGAUAUUGUUACUAUGUACUUAUGUAUUCCCUGUACCUGAACACUUGUUGCUGCCUCACAA